GCCCCGGGAGCUUCCUGCCGUGAGUCAGCCGGGGGCACUGACGCAGCCUCCCACCGCCUGCUGUUGCCAUGGCGGCUGUCGGCGCUCCGGCUGUUGUUGCUCUUUCGGCUACAGGCGGCCGCGCGGCUCCGGCAGGGCGGCCCAGCCGGCGCGGGGUUCCCGGCAGGCCCUGGCUGGCCGGCGGGCACGCACCGCCGCGCACACGCACUGCCUGGCCCGGCCGGCACACGCACCGGCGGCCGUGACGCGGCCGGGCCCCGGGCCCGCGGGGAGGAGCCUCGCCGCCUUCGGUCCCCGCCAUCAAACUUUCCGCUCGCUCCCCGGCGCCGGCGAGCCGCGCGCACAUGGCAUCACCGGCGAGCAGCGCCCCGGCGGCGCGCUGGUCCUGAGCGCCGCCGCGGCCACCCAGGCAGAGCCGGCCACCCCGCCGCGGCAGCCGGACCCCCCCAGCCGGCGCUGCCGCCACCGACGCCUCCCCUGCCGAGUGCCGGAGCAUCCCUGGACGCUCGCCUGCCCGGGAGCAACGGGGCCGGGAGGACAGCGGCUUGCGGACACCGAGGACGUCUGGGGACAGGAGCGGGGGGACCUGUCGCCGCCGGGGCUCACCGUCCCCCCCGCCUCGGGCCAGGCCCGGCCCCAAUGUGCCAGUCAUCCCUGCGGAGCGAUGAAGCAGCAAUGACCUCCGGCGCCAGCAGCCGGCCCCUCCAGCCCUGGAAGCCGGACCCGGGCCGGGAGGGGAGGCGGCAGCCGCCGUGGCCGUCCCGGCGGGCGCUGCCCCUCAUCUUCGCCGUCUUCGUCUGGCUGGGCACCGGCACCACCAUGGCCAGCCUCAACAAGUGGAUCUUCGCCAUCCACAAUUUCCGCUACCCCUUGCUGCUCUCCUCCCUGCACAUGCUCUCGGCGGUGGCCGUGGGCUACCCGCUGGCGAGGCUGCGGGCACGCCGGCUGCCAGGGCCCGGCCCGGCCGCCCGGCCUCGCGCCCGGAUCUACCUGCUCAGCCUGACCUUCUGCACCAGCGUGGCGUUCGGCAACCUGGGCCUCAACUACGUGCAGCUGGACGUGGCGCAGGUGGUGUACACCACCACGCCGCUCUUCACCCUGCUGCUCUCGGCACUGCUGCUGGGCCGCCGCCACCACCCGCUGCAGUACGCGGCCAUGGGGCCCGUCUGCGCCGGGGCGGCCUGCAGCAUCGUCAGCGAGGUCCGCUUCCACCAGGCCGGCUGCUGCUUCCUCUUCGCCGCCACCUUCCUUCGCGGGCUCAAGUCCAUCCAGCAGAGUCUGCUGCUGCAGGAGGACAGGCUGGAUGCCAUCUCCUUGCUCUGCCUCACAUCCUUGCCCAGCUUUUGCAUCCUGUUCAGUGCGGCCGUGGCGCUGGAGGUGGGCCCUGCCUGGGCGGGCGUCCUGCGGUAUGACAGCACUCUCUGGGCCUACGUCCUGCUCAGCUGCCUCGGCUCCGUCCUCUACAACCUGGCCAGCUUCUGCGUCAUCUCCCUGACAUCAGCCCUCACCAUCCACGUCCUGGGCAACUUCAACGUCGUGGGCAACCUGGUGCUGUCCCGGCUGCUCUUUGGCAGCCACCUGAGUGGGCUCAGCUAUGUGGGCAUCGGGCUCACGCUGGCCGGGAUGUUCAUGUACCACCACCCUGACUUCAUCGCUGCCCGCUGGGCAUCAUGGCAGGGCCAGGCCCGCGGCAAACGGGAAUAGGUCCCGUGCACGGGGUGGAGAGCUGCCGUCCGGGGUGAUCCAGGAAGCCAGAGAGCCUGUGGCAUGCUUUGCGCAUGCGAGCGGGUUUCUGUUUGUGCACAGCUCUGCGUGCAGGUCAGCACAUGUGUAAGCGUGCGCACAGGCUGUGUGUGUGCAAGUGGGUUUCUGUGCGUGGCCAGCUCUGUGCAGGCCUGCAUGCGAUCCUUGGUGUGCGCAGGCGCUGUGUGUGCCAGCGGGUCUCUGCGUGCACAGCUCUGCGUGCAGGUGGGCAAGAUGUGUUCAUUGGCGUGCACAAGCUCUGCAUGUGCAAGCGGGUUUCCGCAUGUGCACAGCUGUCUGUGCAGGUGCACGGUGUGUGCAGGCUGUGAGGGUGCCUGGGGGCACCCAGGCUUUUCCUGCGUUCUCCCAUGUGCACGCACGGGCUCUGUGUGCGUGUGUGCACACGGUGUGUGUGCAGAGCCUGUGCAUGCGCCUGUGCACGCAGGCUCCGUGUGUGCGAGUGGGUGUCUGUGCACAGGCACUGCACGUACGAGCAGGCAUGUGCGCGUGUGCAGCGCUGCGUACAUUUGUGGAUGUGUGUGUCUGCGUGCGCAGGCUCCAAGUGUGUGUGCGGGUGUCUGUGCCCAUGGGCUCUGCAGGUGUGUUUGUGUGUGCAGACACAGGCUCUGCACAGGCAGGUGGGUACGUGUGCACACACGUGGCUCCGUGUGUCUGAUUGUUGUCCCCUCCUGGGGAAAGCACGGUGUCUGUGUCUGUGUGCAAGUGCAAGCGUGUGAGCGUGUGCUUCACUACUGAGCUCUGCUGGAUGGAGUAAAUCUGGAGUGCGUGUGUGGGGCUGUGUGUAUAUGUUUUUAUAUUCUCUCCUGGGGGAUGGAGCAUCUCAAGCCUGCGGUGGGGGGUCAAAGGACUUCGCCAUCACUGUCAGCCUCCUUGCGGGGUUGAGUGGUCUCUUGUGCGGCUGAGCGGCUUGCCUGGAGCCCAGGGCGGGUGAGCAUCCCCAGAUCCUGCUCCUACCCCUCUGUGACGUGCCGAACUCCAGCGCUCCCCACACUGAUCCCAAGCCACCCCAGCCCCGGGGCUGCUGGCGUGCUGGCCGUGCCCUCCCGGCUCCCCGGCUCCGGCCCUCGGCAGCUGCCUCCCAUCAGGGCCGGAAAGGCUGCCAGAGCUGCCUCUCCCGCACUGGCCCUCCCCGACCAUCCCAGGCGGUUGCUGCUGGAGCUGGGUGAGCACGAGCAGGGGUCCUGGGCUGCCUGCCCAUGCCAGGGGCUCCUUCCUGGAGGUCGUGAGGACUCAACAAAGCCAUGGGGAAGUCUCAGACUGCCCCACCAUUGCUCCGGAGCUCCAGGGCUGGAGCACAGUGCACGUGCUCACCUUUGCAAAUGGACAUGUGCACCCGCACAGAGCCGCCAGCCAGGCUGUGUGUGUGCCCUGGCACGGGUGCACACACAUCUCCAUCCGUGCUGACACAUGUGUGUGCACUCAGAUGCCGAUGCACACCCCUGGCAACGCUUGCACAUGUGUGAGCAUCCCCCUGGGCAAGCGCAGGCUCGGCACUAACCUGCCAAGAAGUGCGUUGCUGCUCUCACACCUGCGUGUGCGGGAGUUUCCCCCCCGCCGUGCAUGGGUGGCCACGCUCCGGAGCACACAUGCUCCCACCCGGAUGAGUGCAGGAUCACAGGCACUCCAUGUGUGCGCAUCCACCGUGGCCCCGCAGGGCCCCGGCAGGCACCGUGCCGGCGGGGUGGUGCACCGGCUGCUGCUGCGCUCAAGGUCUCCGUGGUGGUGAGGGAGCCCUGCCUGGGCCAAAGGACAGCUCCGAUUGCACUUGUCCUGAAAUAAAACUCUAUUUUUGUUGUACUCCA